AUGUCGAUCAGGGUGACCUUGCAUAUAACGACAGAGACAGCGUCUGAUCAGUGCUCACCUGAAGAAAAUAGUUCUUCCUCACUUGACUCCGUUGCAGAAGAGCUUUUCCAACGUGUCACUCCACGAGGGGGAGCUCGAUGUCCCUUUACAAGAGCUACCGGUGUCGUCGAUGCAAACAUGCGAGAGUUUUGUGACAGGGACCCGCUAGCUCCUGGAGACUUUGAGCAUCUGAAAAACUAUCGAUCCGAAGCCAGAAAAAGCGCUUAUCUCGGUAUUGAAGCUGAUAUUUCGGCAGUUGAUUUCCAUCCUCCUGAUGAGCGAGUUAUCCACCUUAUUCUCUCACGUCUUCUCACGGAUCUCGCUCUGUGGAAAAGUCUUCUUCCUAAGAAUAUGAAAAUCCGAUCUCCUCUUCAAGUCGGUGGUGGUAUUAAAGCUCCCUUUAACCUCUCAGAUCAUCGUUUCUGGUUCUUCAUUGAAUCAGUUAAAGAGAAUCCCGACCUGGUUCGCAGUUCGUCUUUCUCUCCUACUCCUGAUCCUUUCGAUGGACAGGAGCCAACCGUUCCAAACUCUAAAUUCGUUUCCCUCUCUGUGAAAACUGUUAUUUUUCGAAUCCCCCUGGCGAUUUGUCAAAAUCCCACUGGCGCCUUUUCUUCGACCGCAGUUCUUUCCGCUAAAUCCUUCCUCAUGACAACAGAGAUCAAUCCCCAAAACCUGCAAGAUCUACUCUACUUAACACUUACAGCUGACGAUUUGGUGUUAAAUGUACCAGAGUCUUUCAAUCAACAAUCAGAGACUGGUGAAGUCACUAGGAAGGAUAUCGAUUUUUCCCUUCUUCUUCCGAUGAAAUUUCCUGCUCAAUCAGAUGGACCUAUGUUCAGCCUAGUUAUUGAAAAACAAUCUGUUCCAAUAUAUGGUCCAUCACAGCCACUUGACCCGGGAACCACAGAAUAUUUAACGAUUGGAUGCUUGCUUAAGAGAGGAUUAGCUUGUUAUCUUCCAUUCAUCCACUCUUGGUUCAACAGACUUCCACAACUACAGACAGAUUACCUAUCGGUGGAUUAUCCUUCGUUAAUAAGUCCUGAGUAUGUUGUUCAGACUUAUGCAUAUUUAGAGUCGUGUGCGAUUCAAGCACCACCGGUCUGUGCAUUCAAAUCGAUGGAACAGAAGAGUGAAAUGUUGAAACUGAGUCCAGGGUUGGACACCCUUAGACCCAUAAUUUUUACAAAUAAAGCGACUCUGAUUACAAAGACUAGACCCCUCACUAUGUAUCUUGGAACUCAGGAAAAAACAAAACUCUUGCUUAUUCCACCAAGUUUGAAUAAUGAGACUAAAACUUCACCGAUGACUCUUGAUCAAGCCCGAUUCCAAUCUCUUCUGAAAGAAUCGCAAGAAGUUAGCAGGCUGUUUGGUGAUAAGCUUCCCAAAGAUUGCGUACAAGUUAUGAAAGUGAAUUCUCUUCAAGUUUGUUUCGUCAGUAAGGAAUCGUUUGGAGAGGCGCCCUGUGUGGACAUACGCAUGACACUUGAUAACUUACAAAUAGAUUGCUGUAUUGACAGUCUAGUGGCUUUGCAACUCCUUGUGGAUAAUUUCAGCGAUAAGCCCAAACCCAGAAAUCCUAAGAGAGCUUGUUCAAUGCCUCUUUUGAGGGACCAUAGCCAUGCUGGUGAAAUAGCUGACCAGCUUUCUUCCGCAAUGAGGGAUGUCAAUGCACUAGAUUGCUCACCUCGAGAGGCAGAUGCUAAAAUGACUGAAAAACAUGGAGGUUUUAUGCAUGUUGAAAGAAAUCCUGACAGUUCUGAACGAAAACCUCUGAAAGUACUUGAAGAUGGAACCAGGGUCAUGGUCUAUACACCGCCUGUUGACUUUGACCCUAAUUUUUACUCUGUUGAUCAGAAGGUUCUGGAGGAAAGUUCGAGUCGAAAAGGUCUCUUUAUGGAUCCACUGGGCAGUGAAACAAGCUUUGCUUUCACCCUCUAUGAUUCAUCGAUUGUAGUGCGGAUCUGUGUUGGCCUUGAUUUUCCGAUUCUUUCGGCUAAUGCUGAACUGAGAGAGUGCUUGAACCACCUCAAACAGCCCCUCAUUACCCACCGAGUCAACGAGGGAGUUGCGCUAAAAUUGUCGGAUAUUUACUUUCGCAAUUCUACGUUUGAACCUCCCGAUAAUAUGCCAGUUGGGCCUUACAGUUCAUUUAAAGAGUUAAAGCGUAGUCAUAGCCAAUCUCCCGUGGUAACAAGGUAUAUUCUUCAUGUGGGACACCUCAAAAUCGCUGACGAAUUGAAGGACUCGAGAGCACGUCACUUGCUCUAUGUUCCGAAGUCUGCUCGGGUCUUUAGAAAUGGAAAAUGUGUUGAAGCUCUUCAUUUCCGUGUCAUUCUCUGGCCCUCAGUGCAUAUGCUUGAUUUCGAAGCUGAAGCAAAAGCAUCUAUACAACCUCUGAAUGUUGUUCUAGACCAGGUCAUGCUCAACUUCCUCCGCGGAUGUCAUGAAUGUUUCAACAAGUUGUCCGAAAUCAGCUUUAAGAGAAUGGAACAAUACGUUCCCCUUUUGCCUUCUCCUUUUACCGAUCUGAAUGCGUUCGACUCCGAAUUGUCGAGUGAAGAAUUCGUUGAGGAUGAUGAUCAACGCAUUUUUAUAAGGAAGUUUACCCUCUCUCCAAGUUUACCCAUUCACUUCGAUUAUCAUGGUCAUCGGUUAGACAUGUCACAGGGUGCUUUUGUUGGCUUGUUGGCUAUGUGUCUUCAGCUGAAAAAUGCAGAGUUAGUCCUACCGAAAAAAGUCUAUCAAAGGGGUUUUCGUGGUGUGUCCAGUCUUAUGGAGGCCGUUACUGGUGACUGGAUGACAAUUUUGAGAGAAAAUCUCCCUCAAAUGGUAGUCAAAAACUUUGGUCCCAUGCAUGAAAUUUCCAAUAUCACGGCUGCAAUAAGGGACUUCGGGGUACAUGUUGUAAAUGCUUUUCGUGAACCCAUUGAAUCUUCUCUCACCGGUCGCAGAAUGCGUCAAGGAAGCGGUCGACAAGCGAAGCUUAUUUCAAGAGAAUCAGCGGAUCAUGUUGUUCGUGGACUGCGAAGGGGUGUUCGAGCUCUUUCAGAUAACGCUGUCUGGCCUCUUAUUGGUCUUUCUUCCCAGGGUCUCCAUAUUACCCAAUAUGUUGUUGAGACGGUGUUCGACAUUCUAAGUCCCGGUCCCUCUGUGCGAACUCGACAUCGGAGUCAAAUUCAUCCAUCUCGAUCCUCCUUUAAUAGUAACACCAGACCUCAUAGCUUGGAAUCAUCACCACCAUCAUCAUCAACGAGUGUUCGUGAACCUCAGAAUGUAAGGGAAGGAAUGUCGCGAGCCGCAGAAGCGGUGAGGCAGAGGGUUGUGAACCUGGCAACAGAUCUCAGCCAUCCUAUACUGGUUCCAGAUCCCAAUAAAGGAUCCGUCGGAUCUAUCGGGGAUGUUCUUCGGCAAAUUCCUGCUGUUCCUCUUGCCCCAGUCGUUAUGACUUUACAGGCGAGUAACAACCUGUUGGAUGGUUUAAAAAAUCAAUUUCAUCCAGAGGCUAAGCUUGAAGAGGAAGAGAAGUGGAAAGAUUAA